CUGAGCACAAUACAGCAUCAAGCCACCCACUGUGGGAGACACACACACACACACACACACACAUGCACGUGUGAGCACGCACACACAGAGAGAGAGAGAGAGAGAGAGAGAGUGCGAGUGAGGGAGAGAGAGAGACCCUAAGCUACAGAUCCACAGCCAAGGAAACCGCAGAUCCCCCAAAUCUCCAACUCUGCGCACAGAGAAGAGAAAGAAGCAGCAGAGACUAACAAAAGCAUUCUUGGCUUUGAGUUUAAGAGAAGAAGGAAAAAAGUGAACAAUACGUUGGGCGAGAUCAUUUACGUGAGAUACAAAGUGAAGGAGAAAAGCGUGACAGGACAGCGUCAGUCAGCGGGUUUAUCAUCCCUCUCCAAAUACUGAGGAACGGAUUGUCGCGCUGCCCUGCAUGAAGGACAAUUCCGUCUUGGGGAAGAAGCGUGCAGAAACAGAAUGAGAGCCAUCAUGAGGAUCACGUGUCUGCUGCUUUUAUUCAGCUUCCUGUUCCACAGGGUCUGUUCAAAUGUUGAUGGGCCAGCAGCCACCUCUGUGACCAAAAAUGUUGCUUCUGUCACGCCCAGGGCAUCGGCUAUGCCGACUGAUGGUAGUGCAUCUGGGACUGAGCCAGCUAUUGACAGUAAGGCAGGUGUAACUGUUGGUGUCACAACUGGAGCACAUCCAACUGAUGAUGCCGGUAAGAAAAAUGAACCUACGCAAGCAUCAACACCAGCAAAGCCAACUGCUGCAGUCACAAUGCCUCCUGUCCCAACGGCUGCUACAUCCAAGCCUACAGACAAGCAAACCCCCACCCAACCACAAGCACCCACUGUCACUAACACACCUGCAGCACCUUCAACUGUCAUCUCUGAUGCACCCACUACUGUGAAGAAUGUUGCCACACCUUUUGCUGCUAUGCCCAGCCAACCAAAGACCCCGACACCAGCUGCAACAGCAGACAGCAGCAGCAGCUCAGCGGCACCCCUCUAUGCUGCCACGCUGCAGACCUCUGCAGCCCCUGUACCCAGUAAAACUUCUAGGACUGAAGCGGCUAUUGGAAAUCCUGCCAAUGUAGGGACAACCAAGAUCACAAAGGUCUCGACAGACACCCCUGCACCAGACCAACAGUCCAUGACUCACACCCCCAUCACCACCAAGCCAGGCCAGGACAACAAAGGAAGUACAGAGGAAGCAACUGUUACGAUUACAAGCCACAAGCACAUGGCAUCAAAGGCCCCAGAGCCAACUGGGAACAAGGGGACCACCAGCAGCCCCUCCACCCCGACUAAAGCAAGACCUCCUGCAUCAGAAACCUCUGGUACCAAAACUGGACCAUAUCCCACGUCCCCACAAAGCACCACCUCCACCACAACCACCACUACCACCACAGCAGCUCAGCCAAAGAUGUUUUUGUAUUCUCUAAAUAACGGACAGGAGAUGUUAUUCUACCUUCAGGAAGAGGACGAAAAAGAUCUGGUGGAGGUGUGCAGGAGGCUGAUGGUGACAUUGCAAGAUGGGAACUGCACCCUCAUGUGGCGGCACCACAACGGCCAAAUACAAUUUGACCGUGUGGAGCUAAAUGGCAAAGUGAAAACCAGCCUUGCAACCCAGUAUUACGAGGAAAUCACCAAGAAACCAACAGAUAACAAAACCCUGAUAGCCAUCCUGGCCUCCUGUGGAGCUCUGCUCAUCAUGAUCGUCAUCCUGGCUGUGUGUGCUUCCCACCACCGCAGGCCAUACAACGAGAACCAGCAGCACCUGACAGAGGAGCUGCAUACAGUGGAGAAUGGUUACCACGACAACCCAACGCUGGAGGUGAUGGAGGUGCAGCCAGAGAUGCAGGAGAAAAAGAUGGUGCUCAAUGGAGAGUUCAAUGACAGCUGGAUUGUCCCCAUCGACAACCUGCUCAAGGAGGACAUACCUGACGAGGAGGAUACUCACCUGUAGAGACGGCCAGGGACAGGGAAGAACAAGUAGGAGACAGUGACAGGACCUGUUUAGUUCCAGCCACACCAAAACAAACAAAACAAUCCACACAUUUUGCUCCAUGCCAGUCCCCAGCUCUCACUCCUGACCCUGGACCUGUUGUCCCUGAAAUUUUUUUUCACAAACAGAUACAUCCAAUAGAUUGGCCAAGCCCACACAUUCAUGCUGUGUGUCUGAUAUAUUUCUAUUGUAGUUUGGUAUGACAAAGAAAUGAGGGUAAAAAGUCAAACACUUUUAGAAGUACCAAUAGAAUUGUACACAGUGGCCUUGGAAACUUCAACAUAUGUCCACUAAAUCAAUCACAGUUGUGCCUAUAUUGUAGUUUUUAUAUGUAAAAAGUGACUCUCUACAGAGUACAAUUCAAAGUAAGUCAGUCUGGAAACUCAAAGUGCUCCAAACCCCAAGAGGAUUGUGCCUUUUUAGAAUGUACACAAGGAUGUGUCAAUAGAGUAUUAUGAUGUUAUUUUGUGAGAAUGAGGAAGAGUCAGGUGAUGUUGCAAACUGAUUCAUUUGCUCUGGAGGCCUCAUAGAGGUAAUGGCAACAUCAGCUGCCUCUGGAGGUCCACAGUUACUAACUUAGAUAGAAAUGACCUCAAGAUACUGAAAAGCAUCCUGGAGAUUUUCCACGAGUGGGUGUUAGCUCUGAGGGAGCUGCUAAUGGCUGUAAAAGCAACACUGAUGCAGUAAUCAGAAGAGGCACAUGGGUGUAUAGAAAUAAGACAAAUGAAGGAUUUUAAUCCAUAAUGCCACAGAUUGACUCGAGGGUGUACAGAGAGCUUGAGGGGACAUGUCACAGGUAUAUUUUGUUUUGUGUUUUCUCUUCGUUUCUUGAUACAUGACCCUGGCUUAAAGUUUUCAUGUGAUUACAAUCAAGAGAAAAGGCUCCAGCUUUCAUCUGAUUUUUUUUUAAUUAUUUGUCCCCUCUGGCUUUCCAUAAAUGGAGGAUAUUGCUCAGUUUUCUUAAAAGAAAAAUCAGCUGAUCAUGUUUGUAGUGAGCGUUACCUUCUUUAAUUCAAAACUAAAGUCACAUUAUUACUGAUUUUAACUGAUAAGUUUAGUUUAUUAUUUUAUUAUAUAUUUCAAUCAGUUUUGCUGCAAUAGUCUGACUUGGUCUGGUCAGACCAGUAGCAUAGGGUGGCUGACUAACAUUUAAUGGCUUAAGAACAGAAAUAAAACAGGGAGUAAACACAUUGUGCCUCACCAGCAGAUACACUGGGUGUUUCUCAAAGUCAAGGAGGGAUCCUCAAACGUCAGAAUUUCAAGGAUGCUACGUCAUUGACCCCUGCCAAAGGACUGUUUCAAUAGGCUCUUUCAAGAUGAGCCAGUCCUGCGCAGAUUUGAUCACGGGCGCACAAUGCGUGCCAGUUAGUUUUGCUGUUGAUUUGCUCUGAUGUAUUACAAAAGUGGACAGCGAUAAUCUCGCCGCAGCGAGGGGGCCGCAGUUUUUAGAGCCAGGCACUGCAGUUGCUCUCCACCGACUGCAAGACCCAGGGCAUGACGGAAAUGCCUGGCUCUCACCUGAUCUAAUAGCCGAUUGGUUUAGACGAUGACUCGACAAGAUGACAUUUCAGAUAAACUUUUAAUUCGUCUUGAAUUUCAGAGAUUUAAAUUUUAUUUGUCUGAUUUGAAGGUUUAUUCUGUUAACAGAAAACAUGUUGUGUCACUGAUGGUGAAGUUUAUUCAUCAGAGACUAAAUGCAAUUAUCAUAAACUAUACAGUCUACUGUAUGUUAACAUGGACUGUUUUAAUUAUUGAAGUAGCCUGUUUGACAUCACAGAGACUCCACAUAGGCAUAUCUUUCCAAAAAUUCACACAUAUAAUGAAAAGCCCACCCUGAAAACAUGUACAAAGGAAUUUUCAAUCAGUGUCAUAGUACCACCUACUGGCAACAGAAACAUACUUUUUUCUAUGAUGUCCCUCUUUUACCAGGUUAAUCAGACACACCUCAAAUUUGCUGAAAUUAAGUCCUUAGACUCUGAUGAUACUCAGAAAUGAAGCUCUUGAGUUUUCAUCAAACGCUGUCACCGUGGCGCUGCCUUAUUCGCAGUUAAACACGAUAUUGUUUUUAAGAAGCAAUGGAUGCUUGAAAACUCAUCAAACAUGGCACACACAUAAGAGGUUCCAAAUUCUGUUGUCUGAUGUGAUUUUUGUGCUUUGAUGUGCCAAGAUGGCCCAACAGCGCCCCCUAGAAAAUUUCAAUGAAGCAGCCCUUGAAGCUGGUUUGACCUGCAUGUAUUAAACUUGGUAGGCACCUGUAACACUCUAAGAUGUACAGAAAAGCCUCUUGGAGUCAUGUUCCAAACCCACCAGGAAGUCUGCCAUUUUGAAUAUACAUGAAUUAAGGAACUUGUCCUAGAGAUUUUAUAUGAUCGACUUCAAACAUUGGUCUGUCCCACUGAAAGACCUUGAAGAAGAAAAGUUAUAACAGGCUUGAGUUUUCGAUAUACGGCGUGACCGUGGCAAGGGGUUAAACUUCCAUGUGUCGCCAUAAACAGGAAGUGGUUUGUAAUUCCAUCAUACAUGGUCCAAUCUUCCCCAAUCUACACAGGUCUGAUGACAGUCCCGCCCGGAACAGAUCUAUCUCUCAAUAUUCAGUGAAGAGUACAGCGCCACCUAGCAGCAACAGGAAGUAGGUCUUAUCAGACACUUUUUUGAUUUACCUGACAUUUACAUGCUGUGGUGUAUAUUUCAUGUAUAGGAACAUGACAUAUUGUUAGUGCCUUCUCCAGCUCCCUCCAGUGGGAAGAGGAAGUGGUACAAAAUGUGAAAUAGUGAGUUCCGGACUGAAUGAAGUAUAUGCUGUCUCGCUCCUGCAUGUGUGCUGUCUGACUUUGACAGAAAUGAACUGACGUGUCAGCCAGCAUCCUGCCAGCACCCCCGAGUUGCGCAGAGGUGCGAGGGCCCAUUCAUCGCUGCUUGCAGCUUUAAUUAUUAUUAUUAUUAUUGUUAUUGUUCAGAAAUGUUUUUGCAAAUUCCUGUGAGAUGGUACAUCUUAGAGACAUGAAAAUGAUUAGAAGUUGUGUGCAAAUGCUGCUCAAGAUUUUGAAUUUGCCAAUAGGCCAGAUGGGGGUGCUAUAAUUAAGGUCAAAGAAAAUUUGGAUUUGAAAGGCCACCACCCUUGCACCGUAUGUCAGAUUGACAUAAAACUCGAGAUACUUGGUCAGGUGAAGGGGUUCUACGAAAGCCUACAUAAUCCUACAGAUCCGCCUACUAGAAUGUCCACUAUAUUGAAUUUUCUGAAAAACACCAUUUUUACAUCUCCUCCUAAGACGUAGGUCUGAUUUCCACCAAACAUUCGGUGAAUCAUCAUGGGAUGCAGCUUUGUAAAAGUUAUCAAAGACUUUUUGAUAUGUCAUUGCGUUUUGGUGAUACUGACCAAUGAACUGGAUUGAAAUGGACUUUAGUCCUUAACCAUUGAGCCAAUUGACACAAAACUUGUAGAAAAUGUCGACAAAAGUAUCUGAAUCAUAUUGUGAAAGUUUGAUUCAAAUCAACCAAUAGGGGGCGCUACAUAAUCAGCCAGAGGUAUUUGUACAAAACUUAUAGGCCGUUUACACGUACACGGUGAUUUUGAUAAACGGAGACAUCUUCCUUCGUUUGUGCCCUUCGUUUACACGCAAACGGAGAU